AAACCAUACUCGUACUCGGGUGCGAUGAUAAUAAAAACUUAAGCGCGUGCAUCGACCCCAGUGCAGAGGGAGGUAGUACCUUGCCGAAAAAGGUACUAGGACGCGACUCGUGACGCGUGACCACGUGAGUUAACUUUCACCAUGGACGUCGACCUCUACUUCAUCAAACAGCAAUUCACCCUCGGCGCAUACCCCGCCCUCUUAUCACUCCAACUCCCCGAUCCUUCUUCAUCAGACUACAUCCCUAUUCUCCUCUACAAGGUCCGUGCACACCUGGCCAUCGGCGAUAAUGCAUCCGCACUCGCCCUCCUCCCUACCGACACAGAAAAUGUAGCACUCAAAGCAGCAGCGGCACUCGCAAAGGGCGAGCAAGGCUUAGAAACACUCCGCGACUUGUGCGUAGAGAUAGAAGCAGAUCAAGACUCUAGCGAUUGGGAGAAACAAACCGUUCAAGUACUAGCUGCGACCGCAUUCGUGCGUGCAGGCGAAAUAGAAGAAGCACUCGAAACACUCCGUACUGAAGGCAUACCUGGUGACGAAGAAGCUGCGCUGUUAACUCAAGUAUACCUCUCACUAGCUCGUCCAGCACUCGCACAAAAGGUACUGGCACCAGCAUUGAAAGCAAACCCAGACGCACUCGUCCUCCAACUCGCAGAAGCAGCCAUCUCUCUCGUAACAGGCUCACAAGGCACAAGCGGCGAACCAUACGCACCCGCACUCUCAUUCUACAACGAACAAGUAGCAAAUCCAUCCAUAUCCUCCCCUGCCCUCCUAGUCGGAAGAGCAGUAGUCCGUAUCCUCCGGGGCGAACUCUCUUCUGCCCAGAGCGAUUUGGAAGAAGCAGAAUCAAUCCUCUCCCGCGCUAAAUGCGACCAAGCUUCCAGCGAUAUGCUCGCUGCUAUGGUCGUAGCUGCAGGCUUGAGCGACGCCAAAAAGGGCGAGGCUGAUCAGCUAUGGAGCCGCCUUUUAAAGCAACACCCUUCCCAUCCCUUGGUCGCAGAUAUCGCUGCCAAAGAUCUUUUGUUCGAUCAAUGCGCUUCCAAGAUUCAAGUUCCUCUUAGAGCAGUCGCUGUCGCUUAGAAUCAAUUGGGAUUUCACCUUGCCUGUGUAGAUCAUCGUCACCCGUGUAAUGACCAUAGGAUGGUGCAACGAGACUAAUCUCAGAUCAAUUAGGCGUGACAUCGAACUAGAGCCUAUCACGGAACUUGCUUAAAAAUCUGUCUUGUCAUAUGUGAAAAUGAAUCGUAGAAAUUUAUGU